UUCAGCGCCCGCCGCCGCCCCGCUCAGCCAGGCAGCACAGAUUUGGGAGAGCCGUCGCCAUGGGAGUGGAAGGCUGCACCAAGUGCAUCAAAUACCUCCUUUUCGUCUUCAACUUCAUCUUCUGGCUGGCCGGGGGCAUCAUCCUGGGAGUGGCCCUGUGGCUGCGCCAUGACUCGCAGACAACGAACAUCCUGUACUUGCAGCUGGGGGACAAGCAGGCCCCCAACACCUUCUACGUCGGAAUCUACAUCCUGAUCGCAGUGGGAGCUGUCAUGAUGUUCGUGGGAUUCCUGGGAUGCUACGGCGCCAUUCAGGAGUCUCAGUGUCUCCUGGGAACGUUCUUCACUUGCCUGGUGAUCCUGUUUGCCUGCGAGGUUGCGGCUGGAAUCUGGGGUUUUGUCAACAAAGACCAAAUAGCCAAAGACGUGAAGCAGUUCUACGAUCAAGCGCUUCAACAGGCGCUCAUGGGAGAAUCAGAUGCAAGCAACGCCAAAGCUGUAGUGAAGACCUUUCAUGAAACGCUGGACUGCUGUGGUUCUGAUAUUGUAACAGCGACUUUCACUCCUUUGUGGAAGGAAGACCUCUGCCGAAAGGACGUCCUGAAAAGCCUUUUCGAGAAUACAAACUGCCACAAAAAAAUCGAUGAGCUCUUCUCCGGGAAGCUCUACCUGAUCGGUAUCGCUGCCGUCGUGGUUGCUGUGAUCAUGAUCUUUGAGAUGAUCCUGAGCAUGGUGCUGUGCUGUGGCAUAAGGAACAGCUCCGUCUACUGAGCCGUGAGAGCCGGGCAGGGGAAGGGGGGAGCAGGGCGACGGCGCUAGAGGGGACCCCAAGUGCCACCCAGUGACCAGGAGACAUUGCAACAACAGACAAAGAAAACUAUGUAUAUAGAUGCUUCCAAUAUUACCAUACCGUACUUAUCAUUUUUAUUUUGAAGUACUUUUUUUUUUUU